AUUUUCUGUCACUACACAGCCUUGAACUAUAAGUAGAUUGAGUGGUCCAAUAAGGAGAGACAUAAUAAACCAAUUAAUUCAUAACAUUGAAUGAUGUCGAAAAAUCAUAUAAAUACGAUCGUGCAGCCGCCUGCUUUGUACACGUUUCUCUGCUUCCUAAAUAAUGAGUGGUCGUGGUAAAGGUGGUAAGGUUCGAAGCAAGGCAAAGACAAGGUCAGCACGCGCCGGUCUUCAGUUCCCAGUUGGUCGUGUACAUCGCCUUCUACGUAAGGGCAAUUACGCUGAACGUGUUGGUGCUGGUGCUCCAGUUUAUCUGGCUGCAGUUCUCGAAUACCUUGCUGCAGAAGUUUUGGAGUUAGCUGGUAAUGCCGCUCGAGACAACAAGAAGACUCGUAUCAUCCCGAGACAUUUGCAGUUAGCCAUCCGUAACGAUGAGGAAUUGAACAAGCUUCUUGGUGGAGUCACAAUCGCGCAAGGAGGUGUGCUUCCAAACAUUCAAGCAGUCCUCCUACCCAAGAAGACCGACAAAGUCAAACCUUAAUUUCUCGCAUCUAGAGCGUGAGGAGUUAGAGAACGUGAAACCGGCCCUCUUUAGGGCCACAACCAUGUGAUUUGCCUAUCUUGAUAAUUUUUUGUCCAUCCCAUCCGUCAUUCGAGACCGGUUUUAACACAUCGAUUCUACAAAGUGUUAUUCAUAGUCUCCUGAGGUAGAGUUUUCAGUCUUCUUAAUCUGUGUCUUCAGCAAUCAAGACUAUGAUCUCAAGCCAUUGACGUAUGUGGUGUGUUUGAGAAUUUCAUGCAAAACCUAAUCAGAUCGUCCACUUGAUUUCAUCUAGCCGAUGCACAAAGUCAGCGAGACUCAUCCUUUAUAUCUUUUGAGCUUUGGAAUUAGCUUCCAGCAGUCUUUUGUUGUUACUAUAGUAUUAAUUCGGAAAGCAAAACCUGUACUCGUAGGCUAAAUUACAACCGACAUCCAUUUAUGGAUUUUUCUUUAGUAUUCCUCUUGAUAUUUUUAUGUCGUUGUGUUGAUAUGAUGUAGCAACUUGAGGCUAUGGACGUAUUUGGAGAGUUCUACGUUGUUUGUAAAUGACGGAUUGCCUGGUACAAUAAGAACUCAAAAGUAUAGAGAUAUACUCCGUUGACUUUUCAUCGUAUCUACCAUUGUUUCUUCUGAUUGUGGCUUAUCUGUAAUCAAAGAUGAGUUCUAUUAGAAACUUCAUAGUGGCGUUCAUAAAUCCAAUCUUGCAUAAUUAGUGAUUGUAGAGGCUGACCUAAGUACUCAGGUAUGUAGACUAAGGCAGGCCAAAAUGUAGAUAUCAAUUUGGUGGGUUUGUGGAGAUCAUAGUAUUAAACAUUGAUACCGUUGGAUCCUGGCUCAGCGGUCUAAAGGUCAAGCAUUCACGAGCAAGGCUGAUG